AUGAAUCGCCUCUUCGGCACCAAAGCCACCGGUCCAAAGCCAACCUUGGACGAUGCCAUCUCCAAAAUCGAUACCCGCGUGUCCUCCCUAGACGUCCAAAUCUCAAAACUAAAUGCCGAACUAGCAACCUACCAGUCCAAAAUGUCAAAAAUGCGUGACGGUCCCGCGAAAAACUCCGUAAAAACCAAGGCUCUCUCUGUCUUAAAACGUAGGAAACAGUAUGAGACUCAGAGGGAUCAGUUGAUGAACCAGAGUUGGAAUAUGGAACAGGCUAAUAUGAUGACGGAUAAUUUGAAGAACGUAAUGACCACCGUCGACGCCCUCAAAACUACAAACCAAACCCUAAAAAAGCAAUACGGCAAAAUAGACAUCGACAAAAUAGAACAACUCCAGGAUGAAAUGGCAGACCUCCUCGAAAUAGGAAACGACAUCAACGCUUCCUUAGCAAGAGCUUACGAUGUACCCGACGAUAUCGACGAAUCGGAGUUGGACGCCGAACUCGAGGCUCUAGGCGCAGAGGCAGAGCUCGGCUGGAGUGAAGCAAACAUGGAAAGCGAGAUACCCAGCUUCCUGCAAGAAGAAGUGCCGACGUUUAUAGAUGGUGGUAAAGAUGAAGUUAAGCCGGUUAAGGAGGCUGCUGCAUGA